AGAUAUCGCGAUUCAUUUUCCCGUUCUGACUAGGUUGCCAUUGGGCGAGAGUGGUCUAUUGGUGUCAAGAAUCUCGAGGACCGGCCCAAGACAGGAGGUAUACUUCCCAUCAGAGAUCUGUCCUUGACAGUCUUUCGUCGAGUCAAGAUUGAGUGGGGGGGACAAUUACCUGGAAUCGAGGGUCGAGAGAAAGGGAGGAAGAAAGAAACCAGUCAAGGUUCGUGAGCGAGGGACAAUAUAACGACUUCUCGCGAGUGAGGCUGCGCCAUACUUUGGAGCGACUUGAGCGAGACCAGCAGCCUCCUCAAUCUGCCCUCCCACACGGCCUUUCAACGGCAGGUCUGCAUGCUCUUGGCGAGCUGGUUGCUUCUUCAUCGGUCCAGUCUGUGAGACCUCUGCCUCGGAACGCCGACUACCACGACUAUUCAAUCCACGCCGGGUUGGUCAUGGUUCGUGGAUGAAAAGGACAUUGCGACUCUCCGGGACAACAGCAUCGACACAGACAAGGACAAUCCACAGAUUUUCGGAGCAGCGUCGUGCACCAACAGCACUUGCUUUCAGGGUCACAUUUGUGUGCAAGAGCAGGUCAUCCGGCCACUCGCUGACGACUUGGACCAGAAGAUUCACUGCGGCAGAUUCACUUGGUCGGUUGGGCAUCGCUGCCAACGAAAACAACUACUACUACUCCUCCUCACUCUUCCGUCACCGUCCUUCCAUCAGACUCGGGCAACGACACCUUCUCCCACCCAGAUCAUCACCCUUCAGAACCUUCACCAUGGCCGCCAACGGCACCUCCACCUCCACCUCCACGCCGCUCUUCAGCCCUGGCCGCCUGCCUCCCGGCAAGGACAAGCACCACAUCGUCGUGCUCGAAGGCAUCCACGCGCGCAUGCCCAGCUUCGACUUCCCGCACACGAUCGACGUGUACCAGCGCACGCCGCCGGCCGAGGUGGGCGAGCGCAUCAAGGACGCGACCAUCGUCAUCGCGUGCGUGGUGCCCGUGACGCCGGCCGACAUGGACCGGGCGCCGCACCUGGGCGUCCUGGCCGUCAUGGCCGUGGGCAUCUCGUGGGUGGACAAGCAGGACUGCGCGCGCCGCGGCGUCACCGUGACCAAGUGCCCCGCCGGCAACGUCGACGCCGUCACCGAGCACUUCCUGGGCCUGUACUUCGCGGCGCGCAAGCGCGUGGUGCAGGUGCACAACACCAUGACCACGACCGCCGAGUGGCUCGACAAGGGCACCCUCACCAAGCUGUGGCCCGCGGGCCCGCCCCUGGGCUGCCGCCAGGAGACGCUGGGCAUCAUGGGCUACGGCACGCUGGGCACGCGCCUCCACAAGCUCGCCCACGCCGUCGGCUUCGGCGACGUGCUGGUCAGCGAGCGCAAGAACGCCCCCGCCGUCCGCCCCGGCCGCGUGUCCUUUGACGAGGUCCUCGCGCGCGCCACCGUCGUCGGCGUGUGCCUGCCCAAGGACCACGACACGGUCGACCUGAUCGGCGAGAAGGAGCUGCGCACCAUGCGCCCGGACGCCCUGAUCGUCAACGUCGCGCGCGGCGGCAUCGUCAACGAGCACGCCCUCGCCCGUGCCCUGAGGGAGGGCUGGAUCGCCGGCGCCGCCACCGACGUCUUGGAGACCGAGCCCGCGGGCCCGGGCACGAGUCCACUGAUCCCGGACCUGGCCAAGGGGGAAGACGAGGUGCCGAACCUGACCAUUUCAUCCCACAUCGCGUGGUUCACCCAGUCCACGAUCCAGAACUACCAGCGCCUCCUCAAGGAAGGCAUCGAGGGCUGGGUCGCCGGCACGCUGCAGGAGGCCGCGGACAAGGUGCACAAGGUCGUCGUGGUGCAUAACGGGCGCAUCUGGAACUGA